CAACAACACGAAGACUACACUGCAGACAUUCUCUGUGAUUUUUUGCUCUGACGAUGGCCACCUACAUGGACUAUACCGAUUACUACAACAUUCUGAACAUGACUGACAAUGAAACCUAUGAAAUUGACCCUGACGACUGUGCCAGCUCACACCUUUAUGGCUCUAACGUCUAUUUGCCCCUAGUGUACUCCUUCAUAUUUCUCACAGGGUUUUUUGGCAACCUUUUUGUAAUCACAGUCAUGGGCAGCAGAGGGAAGAGAGGUGGGCGGCUGGUGGACACGUUUGUGGUAAACCUGGCUGUGGCUGACCUUGUCUUUGUUUUCACACUGCCACUGUGGGUCGUCUCUGAGAGCCAAAAUGGCCAGUGGAACUUUGGGCACUUUGGAGAUCUGCUGUGUAAGGUGAGCAGUUACAUCAUUACUGUGAACCGCUUCUCCAACAUCUUCUUCCUCACCUGCAUGAGUGUGGACCGCUACCUGGCCGUAGUGAAGUUGAUGGAUUCCAGGUACCUCAGGAGCAGCGGGUGCAUUCGUGGCACCUGUACUGCAGUGUGGUCCAUCUCACUGAUGCUCGGCAUCCCGUCUCUGCUGUACCGCAAAGUGGAACAGUCCAGCAAUGGACAGUCCUGUGUGGACGACGAGCAGUCUUUGGUCUUCCUCAGCCUCAGCUUGACCAUGGCGUUACUGACAUUUGUUCUUCCAGUACUGAUCAUCUUGUUUUGCUAUGGCACCAUCCUCACACAUCUGAAUAAGCAUUGCAUUGCUGCAGCUAAUCACAGAGCUAAAGCCCGCCACAGACACUCCCUCAAGAUGGUUGUUUCCAUCAUCGUGGCCUUUGUGGUGUCCUGGCUCCCCUUUAACAUCUUCAAAGUCAUUAUAAUUAGCUUGCAGCUCUCGGGUUCAGAGCUGAGUUGCCUGUCAUGGCCAAGGAACGGCCUUGUCCUGUCAUGCUGCCUGGCGUUCCUGAACAGUUGCGUGAAUCCGGCAAUUUACCUUCUCCUGGAUCAUCACUUCAGACGACAGGCUGAGGUUAUCUACACGUCCUGGACAUCAUCCUGCACGGGAAAACAAAACCUUCACAGUCACAACUCCUCUGCUUCUUUCACCAAUGCUGCCACUUCAGAGAGUUUUGCAACAGCUCCAGGGAGAAGUCAGCCUCAGGUCUCUGAUUAAGCAGUCUGAAGGUACUGCACUCAUCUUUGACAUAACUAUUAAAUUGUUUUAUUUUACUUCAAGAUGUAUGAUAUGGUACCACAUGCUGAGAUCAUGUGAGAAUCAAUGCAUUAUGGAUGAGCAUCUUUCAUUUCUGUUGCUUUUUAGUUUGUAUGUGAGGGUUUAAUUUGUAAUUUGUUUCUUUUAUUCAAAUUGUAUAUAUAUUGCUUUUACAUACAUACAAAUGUGAUGCCGAUAUGUAGCUGGUAUAUCUUUCAGCAUUAGUAUGGCAGAGUUCAAAUGCAGUAACAGCAAGUUUGAGAAGAAUAUGUAAAUGAGAGUAAUUUUUAGACAUUUGUCAACAUACCAAUAUGUAAUGAAAUGCUUUAUAAUUUUUAAAUUUUUGAUGUUAUGAUGUUGGCAUUCAGUGGCUCUAAUGUAGUGAUGGUAAGCUUUUUUUAAACAUGUUAAGCAUUUGAUGUAUGAAUACAGAUAAAAAAUAAACAUUUAAAAUGUAUUUUGUGUGUGUACAUUUAUAUUUGGUUAUUUUACCAGAGAACAUCAGAGAUUAAUAGGCUCCAGCUCCACCACCCUCACCCCAUGACCCUUAUAAACGGAGUAAGCAGGUAUAGAAAAUGGAUGGAUGCACAUCAGACAUUAUGAAAUACUGUACAGAAAAAAUUACAAACUGAGAAUAAAACUGACAAUUUAAAAUUAUUAACUGAAUGGUCUUUGAACGUGACAUAGUAGAAAGACUUUAGUUACAUAACACAGGACUAUAUGAUAUUUCACAUAUACGUAAGAAUACUGAAACUUGAGACAAUUU